GGGAAAGGAACUUAGAAUGAAGAGAAAGAUAACAUAGAUCAUGGGGGAGAACCACACAAACAAUCUUAUGCGAAGGUAGUGGAUAUGAAGGAAUAAUUUGUAUUUCAAUUAAAAUAUGUGCAAGCAGAGGAGAUUAAUGGCUUGUCAGUUGCUUGAUUAACUGCUGAGGACAUUAUAGAGACCUCAAAUCGCUGGGAUACAUCAGUUAUCUAGUUAUCUGCUGUGUAUUAGGAGCAAACCCGCCCGAUUUGAGGGCUCUAUAAUGUCCUCAGCAGUUAAUCGAGCAACUGACAAGCCAUUAAUCUCCUUUGCUUGCACAUAUUUUAAUUCAAAUACAUAUUCUUCCUUCAUACCCACUACCUUCGCAUAAGAUUGUUUGUACGGUUCUCCCCCAUUAUCUAUGUUAUCUUUCUCUUCAUUAUCAGUUCCUUUCUCAUUCCCCUUUGAUUCUGUCUUUGAUUCAUUAGAUUUAGAUCUAGGUUUAGGUUUGCCCCUCCCAUAUUUGGUGGAGUCGAAGUAUUACCCAGUACAAGGAGAUCCAGUUUCUCCUUCCUGUGUUCUCUGAUUUGCAUUUGCAGCAGAUUUCCCUUUCUUUUUCCUCGGUCGUCCUCUCUUCCGAGCUGUCAUUGCUCAGAGCAAGAGAAUUUCAAAUGAAGCAAAUGCAUGUCAUUGUUAUACCUUUUUUAAAAUUGAUUUUAUUCUUUUUAAUUUUGUAUUUUUCAGGUUUGUCAAGUACUCAGAUAUAAAGCCUAAGAAUAAGUAUACUUUGAUGUUGAAUAGUCAGUGUUUGGUUUUUCGGGAUAGGUUUAAUGAGUUUAUGGGUUGGUUCCGUUCUCGUUGUAAAUCCAAAGGUCCUCCUAUUGGAGGGAUUGUAGAGACUUGUUUGCUUGAGCGUCGAAGUCUCUUUCUUGUUGUAAAGGUGCGGUAAAAAGAAAAAUGUACCCACCUCUUGAUUUCUAGGAAAGAUAUCUAUGUUGUUGGGUACAAGUAUGGUGGACAUUGGUAUGCUUUUGAUGGGUCUGACGUAAGGGUAGAAGGUGUGAUUCAUCUAAAAAUCCAAAUGCAUGUAACAACAUGAACUCAUUCAGAAAUUGGGAUACCAAAAUCUGAAGGAAGCACUUUCUCUUUUGAAUAAUGAACUGGAACCCCAAAGGAAGUAUGGCUGCGAGCAUUUCUUUGUUUAUUUUUGUGAAGAUGCCCGAUUUCGAGCAAUACAGUAUCAGAUAUCCGAAGGUUUAAAGGUUGGACUAGGUAAAGAUUUUGAUGUUUAAAGGUUGGACUAGGUAGAGAUUUUGAUGUUCCUUAUACGAGGGAUUUAAAGGUUUUUUCUUGGGUCCAUUCUCCUGUUUAUCCAGAUAGGGUGGAUGAUAUUGGUGUCUCCCGAACACUCCUCUGAUUUUAAGCGUAAGCUAUCUGAUGCAUGGUAUGCAUAUUGUGGAUGUGCUGAUCGGGGGGAAACAUUUGAGGACAAGCCGUGGCGUAGCACCUUUGAAGACUGUAAGAUACAAAAUGGGCAUGCAUUGAAGCAGGUGUUGGGAAUUCUUUGUGCUUCAAGGGCUGCAGCUUCAUUUGGAGAAGCUGCUGAAAGCUCUUCUCAAGGAAGGGGAAGUGGUCAACUGUUGAAGUCCAGGAAGAGUCACAAAUGAGGCUUGACCCCUUUUAAAUAAUGCCUUCUACUCUCUCCUAUGCAUCCAUGAAUGGCCUGGUUCAACUUCUGCAAGCACAAACAACUUCAAAAAGGAAAAUCCAAGGCAAUCCUGAGGACCUCAGUGAAGAGAUUAAAUGCAAGAGGUUCGAUUGAAGCCUGCUACACCACCCAAAGAGCCCCUUAACAAUCUACAUAAGUAUCAUAAGCUAAAAUACUUAAUAUAUGCAGACAAUAUGCUGACUGUACUUAUUGACACAAAAUGCAUGCUGUGAAGUGUGAAUGCGAUGACACAAUUUUAAGAAUGUAGUAUCUUGUUUUGGGUUUUCAAGUCAAAAACUUUUUUUCCUCCUUGACAUUAUUCGUAUUGUUAAACUUUAAUCAUUUUUCAUUACCUAUUUUGGUUGGUUAUUUGAUUAAAUAAUAUGGUCACGU